CUUUUUCACAGCCCUAGUUGAGAGUAACUACUAUUUGUGACCACCACCUAUAUACAUAUAUAUUACAGCAUAGUACACUAACUGUUAGUGUACUAUGAUUACAGUAUUAAUCAACAACAACAAAGUUAUGGUGAUCUUCAGUGUUUUAACGCAAUACCGACGCAACGUCGCGCAAAAAACAACAACAUACAAACAACCAUGUUAGGUUUAAAAACAACUCAACAAAUUUGCAUUAAAUACAAGUGUGUUAGUAUUACUCGUUAAUACAAUAGGAGCUUGCGCACAGUCUCGUGACAGUUAUGAAAACAGUUUUCGUUCUCCACUUUCAGAAACGUUUGAUCUGAUGACGCGCAUUCGCACUCAUGUGUGAUAACGAACGAAGUGGAUUGCUGUAUAUUAACUCAUGGCUACCGGAAACUAACAACAUACUAGCUACCAGCGACGCCCCCACAUACCAGGUACCAGCUACGCGCCCAGCCAGUGCAGUCACCAACGGCUGUAUACUGCAAUUGACAAACUGUUAUCCGGCCUUUUCCUGCUUAUUUUUUGGGUGAAAUGCGUGUCUGUAUGGAAGUACAAUCGUUAUAACAUCGUUGUGCUGUUUCAUACAUCGAUGCCCAUUGUUACGGUUUACCGCAUACGUUGUGGGAAUUACCAUUACUUUUUAUCACUGGGCUGGAACAUUCGUGGUUAGGUUUCUUGUCCAUAGACGCAUACACACAUAUUAGUAGCAACGUCGAGCCUUGAAUCUAUACCUACUGGGAUAGAACCGGGCGCUUUAACCUGCGCUGGACAAUAAUGGGCAGCGAUCAGUUUCAUCCGUGACAAAGGCGCCUACGCAUUAAACGAAUGUAGAGAAGUCACUGUAGUUUUUUUCUCCAAGCAGGCUCAUGGUGCGUGACGAGGGCUAGGUUUCUGAUCCGUGUGUUAAAGUUUUGUUUUAGCUUUGGAAUGUACCAGUUACUUACCACUUUUUCGCCUCUUACCACAUAGCGCACAGAGGCGCGCGAGGUUAUAGACAGGUUAUGAAUUAUUGCACGACUUUUGUUGAGGCAAUGCGUUGAUUGGGUGUUAAAAAAUUAAUGAUAUCCGCCGCGGUUGGUUUGGUACUAAGAAUAAUUUUAGGAUGGUACACAAAAUGCCGACGUGAUUUGUUUACCAAAAAUAGCGGAUUAAGCAUGCGAAUUGAAUAUCUAUGGGUCGCCAUUGUAGCGGGUUUAAAAUGUGCAAAUUCUAUAUUAUUUAAAACUGUACUCGUAAAUCAGAGUUUUAAACGUAUAGGUUGCGGGAAGUAACGCUAAGUUUAGAAAGAGUCAAUUAGUCAGAACGUGGAAACGUGACGCGGGUGCCAGCAACUUCGCGCUACAUGCUUUUUAAGAAACCGGGAAAACAAAGCAUGACUUCACGUAACACUACAGAAAUUCACACAGCGAGUGCUGACAGUCAUUAAAUUUUGUUUUCUAGUGAGGUAGUAUUGGUGUAUGUUGUAGUGCUAAUAGUAGGAUAGCAAUCAUGGUAAAGUGUAACUGAAGUAUGAACGGACGGUUUCUAAAGUCGCGGUUCCUAUUAUGGAUACUUGUGUACGCUUUUUUUAUACUCGGAAUGCUAUGGGUUUACCGGGAUGUGAAAAGCAGGACGAUGAGCAAAGCCUUAAAGUUUGCCAGAUACAAAAACUUUAUAAAAGCACAAAUGCUUACAAAGUCCUUCGAUCAAGCAAAGUUGAAAUCUGCAGGCAACGCAGGAGUGCUUGUAACGCCAAUUGACAACACGACACGGUUGACUAAUGACUCUGGUGUACCAUUUCAUCCUUUACUUCACGGAAAUCUUACCAUCAAUAUUACUGAGGCGGAAGCAGCCUACGCCAAACUUAUGACUGAGUUUAGUAAUGUAAAAGACCGUGGUUCGAUUGAUAUUUUCGAAACAAGGCGCGGCAUACACGAUCUUACAGUUGCUGUAAUUAUACCGAUUCGAAAUCGGCCCGCACAUUUACGCUUACUGCUUGGACAUCUAAUACCAAUACUACAACGGCAGUUGCGACGUUUUCAGAUUUUCACCGCCUACCAGUUCGGUGAUGGGACGUUUAAUAAAGGCCGCCUUAUGAACGCAGCUUUCAGGUAUUUACUCGAUGCAACCAGGGUAGAAGAUGUAAAAUUCGAUUGCUUUAUUUUUCAUGACGUUGAUAUGCUGACCGAAAGCGACCUAAACACAUACGAAUGUUUUCCUGGUACGAACAAAGUGAAACACAUGUCGUAUACUGUAAACAAGUUUAAUUACACGUUCUGUUGUGGUAUGACUGUUGGUGGUGUCCUAUCGUUUACCGAAGAGCAAUUUAUAAAGGUAAAUGGUUUUUCCAAUCACUUUUGGGGUUGGGGAGGCGAAGACGACGAUAUGAAUGCAAGAAUCAAGGAAAAUAAACUUGAAGUCGUGCGACCGCACCUUAGCGUUGGAAGGUACACUAUGAUACCACACGACCGGGACAAAUUAAAUCCCUACAACGCUAAAGUGUUAAAACAACUUGGAAGACGACAACGGUCAAAUUUUAACGGUCUUGCUGGAUGCCCCGCGCAAGUUUUAGGCGUCGAAGUUCGGCCUCUAUUUGUAAAUAUCUUGAUUAAAGUCGAAGAAGAUUAAAUAAACUAAUUUUUUUAAUAUUAGGACCAAAUUUUAUUACCUUUUAUUCUCUUAAUAACGCAGAGCCAUAGAAAUACAGAGUAGACCAACCCAUUGUUACGUAAAACACAAAUUGAACCGCAAUUUGGGUCGGUCCAAAAUAACACAAAAUGCUCUAUUUUGGCCACACAAAGUCGGCAGUUGGACUACUCGGUGUUUAUACGACUUUGCAAUAACGGUGUCUCUGCAAUUUUCACCUUCAAGUUACGAGAGGUGUUAGUGUUUUAUUAUGCUGUGGCGUUAAUGCAGUUAUGUUGUUUAUAGACUUAUUAUACUUCAAUUAAAACUCUUCUCACUGUGC